AUGUGUAAAUUAUCCAGGAUAGCCCCCAAAAAAGCCAGUGACUUAUUUCCGUUGGAUGAUAGAAUGCUGAUAAGUGGACUGACUGGUGUUACUCCCCACUCUCAAGUCAGUGAAGUUCAACUGAAGAUUCUUUUUUUGUAUUAUUGCUAAGGUGCAGCCUAGGAUUAUAAUCUAUCUGGUUCAUGCGGAGGUCAGUUCUAGAUGUUAUGAUCCUUCUGGAGGAGUGUUCGAAGAUUUUAUUGCUGUUGUAACUUGUUCUGAUAUGAGAACUUUGGGGUCCAGUCCCUGGACCCAUUAUGUACCUCUAAUCUUUUGACUACCGCCCACAGGAUGAAUAUGGGGUACUUAAUGAAUAUAUUAAACUAAAACUAACCUCUCCUUGAAGUCAUAAUCCUUUAACAAUUCUGCUAGAGGUAUACACAAAUAACCUGCACAUAGGAAAGAGGAGCUUAUGACUACGACGUUUCGGUCCGGCUUGGACCUUUUACAAAGUUUUGGUCCAAAUCGGACCGAAACGUCGUCGUAAGCUUCGCUCUCAUAUAUGCGGAUUAUUUGUGUAUUGUUCAGUCAAGGUAUUGUGCCAUUUUGUUCUGCUAGCAGUAGCUGCGUCUUCUGGUGAAGAUCAAACUAAUACCAUAAACUUUACUAGUAAGUAUACACAAAUAGUUAAAUAGAUUAUCAUAUAUAGCAGCAUGUGUGUAGAGAAGCUAGAAUAACCCAACAAAGUCGAAGUGACUUAUUUCCAUUGGGGGGCCUUUUAAAAAUCUACCAAAUCCUUUACAGCGCCUGGUAUUCCAUUUUGUAUUCUCUCUCAAAAACUUACACAGGAUUUGAGCUUCUUAUAAACUAAAUAAUAAUACUAAUACUGAUAAUAAUAAUAAUCGAUAUCUUAAUGGGGGCAUAAAACACCUGAUUUUACAUGCCAGUCGGUCACUAACUCAGCGACGUAUGUUUGUCUCAGGUGUUUAAUUAGGUAUCUCACCUUUCCUACGGGGAAAUAUACAUAUUCUUCUCUUUCCUGUUUCCUCCCAGAUUUAAGCAACAUUGCCUCCGUGAGCCGGGAGCUAGAGCUCAGUACAUUUGAGAGUCCUGAUGGCUCAUAACUUAGGAUUACGAUUAAGAUUUUUAUUUUAAUAAGUUACAUGGCUGUACAAGGGAAUAUAAUAGUGGGGUGUACAUGCCAAAAGCCCCUUUAUAUGUAGAGUAUUUCGGGCAAACUUAAAAAUUAACUUAAGAUUAGGAAGACAAUAAUACAGAGUUGAUAUGGUCAUUAGAUGAGUUACAGUGAAUAUAGGAGAAUUGAAUAUUAUCUCAGGUGAUGCUACAUGACUUUGAUAAGUCUAGUAGAGAUUUAUUAAACUAUUGAAUUAGUUAAUAACGAUCACAGUAUUACAAUUUAACAAUUUAAAACAAUUUACAUUGUGAUGUAUUACAGUUUAGAACUAUUUAAAACCAUGAAAUUUGAUAUUACAAUGGAACAAUUUACAUUAUAAUGUAAGGUAUUACAAUCUACUACUAUUUAAAACAAUUAUUAUUAUUAUUAUUAUUAUAAAAAAGAAGCGCUAAACCACAAGGGCUAUUUAAAACAAUAAAAUAUCAAAUAUAUUAUAGUAAAUGGUUGAUCAUUGAUCAACAUCAGUAACAACAACAACAUGGCAGUCAUCGUGACCGUCUGGACUACCACACAAAACAAGGACAUCUGUGAGAACUUCUCAGCAGUUCCUUCAGUUGAGUGUGCUUGAGGCUAAACAUCCAUCAUCAGCUUGAGUCAUGUUCCUAACAAAAUUUUCUGGGAGAUCCUGAGAGUCAAGGAUAAAUCCCACACUAUUUAAGAGUGCUGCAAGAUAGUUUGAACUUUUUUUUCUUGGAAAUUCCUGAGUGCCAAGGAUGGUUUCCAUUCUGCAUAAGUGCUACAAGAUAGUUUCAGCUUUUUUGGAAAAUCCUGAGUCAUUGAUAAUCCUAUGCAGUUUUAAUGUGCUACAAGAUUAUUUAAACCUUUUUUGGCAAGGAUCCUGAGACUUAAGAAUCCAUUCCAAAUCCUUCCUGUAUUGGAACUAAUAUUUUUUUGUAUUGGAAAAAUUUUGGUAGCCAAGUACAUAUUAAAUUCUCAUUACAUAUAAUUUUAACUUUAAUGUUAUUACAGAAAGAUCCAGAAUGCUAAUGAUCAGACCCGUUGGAUCCUCUCUUAAUUCUGCAGGUUAAUUCUUAUUGGUUGGAUUACUUUGCAGUAUCAACUGGUAAGUUAUACAUUGGCAUAUAUUUUCCCUGCACUUUUCAUAGAUAUAUUAACUAAUAUUGUCAGUAGUUUAGCGAUGCCAUUUACACAAUACCAUAAUUGCUUUGGUUUCUCCUGUAGUUUUGCUCAUUAACAAUAUUGCAUUAAGUAAUAUAAUCAAGAAAAUGGAAACCGAUACAAAACAAAUGAUGUGCAAGACUUUGCCAUAUAAAAUGCAAAAGUUGGUGCCUUCUCUAAUAGAAUCAGCCAGAGUAAAUGAGGAAAAUAGACUUAGACAGAAGAGCUCUUGGGACAGAAACUUGAGUUUGUCAGAAUGCAUCAGCAAAGCUGAAAGGGCUGCUACAUAUAUCAGCAUUGCUGUAUUAAUUACUGAAGUGUGGUCACCAAAGAUGCGGAAGUACGCGGAAAAGUUGAUGCUUAACAAAGCCAUAUGUGAAAAUUACCUGGAGAGUAAAGAUAUCAAGUUUGUGUGCGUCCUUGACAGUGCUGAAGAAGAGGAAGAUGGAUGGGUGAUUGAAGACCAGGAUGAUAUCAUCAUUGAUCUCAUUUGGAACAAAUAUAACAUGAAAGCGUAUUUUGAUCAGGUAAAUGUACAUCGCUUAUGGGUUCAACGCUCAUAUGACCGACUCAAAGGCUUUAUGCCUUCUCUCUGUCCCGAAGUUAUUGAACGACAUGAUCUUACUAAAUUUGCAUUCAGUCAGGCUGUUGGUUACACACUGAAAUUUGUGCACAGUACUGCUCAUGAUAUUUGGAGGAUAGCUUGUGACUUUCAUCUGCAUAAUGAGCCUCAUCAUCCUCAGACGUGGUCAAAAAUAUACACACCAGAAGAAAAAUGUAAGAAAUUGGAGCUUUGGAUGAAAUGUGCUGGAGAGAUUUGUGAUGGUUUUCCUUAUGGGGUCAAUUUAGCUACUCAUGAUUUUGCUUCUGAAGACUUUGCUGAAGUUUUCUUACUUGAGAGCUUUUUAGACAUGGUGGCUGUUGAAUGGGAGAGGAAAAAAGGACAACAGUUAGAUAUUACCACCACUGACCUCGUGUACAUAGAAGAUCGAUUUCUAUGUAGAUAUACUGUGCCACAGCGAAAAUUCAUAAAGGAAUUCAUGAAACGAGUAAAAGCUUCUGAUAUGUCGUGGCAGAAAGCAAACCUGACAGAAAAGGAAUUAAGACUUCUGUCUUUAGUGUGUGAAGAAGACAGAUCUGCUCUUCUUUCUCAGAUGAGGUCCCAGAAGAGAGACGAACUAAGUCGAAUGUUACAACAUGCAAAAGGAGCAGCAAGUUUACCACAAGGAAUUGGGUCUAGUUAUGAGAGCGUUGAUGAGGAAAUCAUGAAGCAAGCAAGUGAUCGAGCAUAUUUCAUCAUGGUAGCAGUUGUAGUAAUGAAGUAUUGGAACUAUAAUUUAAGGAAAUAUGUAGAAGAACUCAUUCUAAAGAGAGCUAUUGAGGAACAGUUCAUUGAAGAAAAUCAUUUGCAGUGGAUAUUUGUUGUUGAAAAUCGGGCAAGUCCUCCAGAGGAAGACAGUGGAGCAGAACUGUCCAACAUUUCAGUGGCAGAAGUUGAUCUAGUAAAAAUUAUUUGGGAGGAUUUUAAUGUUCGAGAACAUUUUUCUCAGAUGAAAGAUCAUCGGUAUUGGAUCAUGCAGAGUUACCAUCGACUGUCAAAGUUUAUGCCUGAAUUGCCUGAAGAAAUAUUAGAACGUCAUGAUCUCUCAAAAUUUGCCUUCUCUCAAGCAAUUGGCUAUACUCUCAAAUGGGUACAUAGCAUCCACUAUCCCAUUUGGAACAAAGCUUGUAAUCUUCACCUCCAUGGAGAGCCACACCACCCAGAAAUGUGGUCUAAUGUUCAUUUUCCUGAGUACAAAAGAUCAUGCCUUGAAUCUUGGCUUUGUAUUCAAGCUGGAGGUUUCAAAUAUGGCAUAGAUGUGUCUGCACUCAACUUAGCUUCUGAAAAUAUGGCAAAGGUAUUUCUUUAUGAGAGUUUUUUGGAUAUGGUGGGUGUGGAAUGGGAAAGGAAGAAAGGGGGACAGUUAACCCUAACAAACACAGAACUCAUUGAUAUGAAGGACAGGUAUCUGUUGCGAUACUCCAGCAGCGACAGAGCGUCACUGCUCAGGCUCAUGAUGAUGAUACGUGAAGCUGAUGUCAAGUCUGGGUGAUUUUUUUUUCUUCAGAAGUUUUUGGCAUUUUGGCCUUGGAAUAGGGCCUCAUCAAACCGGGGCAUUAAUGCUGAACUUUUUAAGCACUGGCAGAAGGCUUGAUAACCCAUUAGUCCUACUGCUUAUGACCAAUGAUUAAUAAGUCUGCUGAAAACAUGGCUAACUUGGAACGAGGCUAAAAUUUGUAAAUUAGAUGCCUCAGAAAGUGUAGCCUCUGCCAGUCUCAAUAUAUUAGGCAGUCCACCAAGCCACCAAGAAGCAUCAUUGUGAAUGAAACCCAGCAGAAAGGCCAGGCCCCCCUUCAGAAGGUACCCAUGUUACAAAUGAGAGUGAUCAGUCUGAAGGAAAGCCAAAGCAACAUCACAAUGAUGGAAUAGAGUGAGCAAGCUCACCCACAUCUUGACACUCACCCUGACACAAGAGAUUGUUCCCAGAUGCCAGAGGUUUAAAGACGAGGUUUGUGUUCAUUGUGGUAAGGGUACUACAUACACUUCUGAGGAAGCUUUUCCACUGUAGUGGCAUGGUCUUUGCCCUGAAGACCAGCAGAAGGUAACAAACAUGACCGUAAAGAGAUUAACCAUUGCUGGAUAUUUUGAAAAAGCAAAUAUGCAUGGUUAAACACAUCUUAUACAUGUAAUAUGCAUUGAAAGUCCCUGGACAUAACAGAAGCACAUCUGCAAAAUCAGAUGUGUCAAACAGCAAUUUCCUAGGGUAGUAAAAUUAGGAAAUGUCACUAUAAAUCCCACUCCAGCAGCAUACAGACAAUUUGUAAUUGUUCAUUUAACUUUAUCGCUACUCUUUUAGCUGAUUCUCUCAUAUAUGCCUGGUGUCUUUUGUCUGUCUCAUAAAUAUGCAAGAUUACAGGUACGUCUUGCUACUUCUACUUACACUUAGGUCACACUACACAUACAUGUACAUGUUUCUUUAUACACACUCAUCUGAGUUUUCUUUGAUUUUAUCUUAAUAGUUCUUGGUCUUAUUACUUUUCCUUUUAUAUCCAUGGGGAAGUGGAAUAAGAAUCUUUCCUCCAUAAGCCAUGUGUGUUGUAAAAGUCAACUAAAAUGCCGGGAACAAUGGGCUAGUAACCCCUUUUCCUGUAAUAAUUACUAAAAAGAAUAAGAAGAAAAUUGUCAAAGUGGGAAGUCUGAAUGUGCAUGGAUGUUGUGCAAAUGAUAAGAAAGAUGAUUGUGGAUGUUAUGAAUGAGAAGAAGCUGGAUGUCCUGGCUUUAAGUGAAACCAAGCUGAAGGGGGUGGGAGAGUUUCAGUGGAGAGGAAUAAAUGAGAUUAGGUCAGGGGUUUCAAAUAGAGUUAGAGCUAAAGAAGGAGUAGCAAUAAUGUUGAAGGAUAAGUUAUGGCUGGAAAAGAGGGACUAUAAGUGUAUUAAUUCAAGGAUUAUGUGGAGUAAAAUAAAGGUUGGAUGUGAAAAGUGGGUUAUAGUAAACGUAUAUGCACCUGGAGAAGAGAGAAGUGCAGAGGAGAGAGAGAUUUUCGGGAAUGUUGAGUGAAUGCGUGGGGAGUUUUGAACUAAGUGUGAGAGUAAUGGUGGUUGGGGAUUUCAGUGCUAAAGUGGGCAAAAAUGUUGUGGAGGGAGUAGUAGUAGCUUGAAGGAUUAUCACUUCCUUUUAUAUAGUAUAGUGGAACCUCUACUUACGAGUUUCUAAACAUAUGAGUUUUUCGAGAUACGAGCCGUUGCUCAGUCGAUUUUUUGCUCUGAGUUACGAGCCAAAAUCUGAGUUACGAGCAGCUUUCUCAUCAACCCUCACACCUCGCUUGUGUUUGUCUAUGAUUUUUUAUGCUUUAAUUCCAUGGACAUCAUCCUCUUUUUCUUCUCAGCACUGUCCUUUGCACUUACUUUCUUAGGACCCAUUGUUAGAUAAAAGCAAUUUGGCAAAAUAACUACACAAAAUGCAAGCAAAACACGAGAGAAAUGCUUCCAUGACGAGGUAAACAGUGCACUGCAUCAGUUGGCGGUGUUUUGAAGCUCAUUAUUAUUAUUAAUUUUUUUUUUUCUUCAACAAGUCGGCCGUCUCCCACCGAGGCAGGGUGACCCAAAAAAGAAAGAAAAUCCCCAAAAAGAAAAUACUUUCAUCAUCAUUCAACACUUUCACCUCACUCACACAUAAUCACUGUUUUUGCAGAGGUGCUCAGAACACAACAGUUUAGAAGCAUAUACGUAUAAAGAUACACAACAUAUCCCUCCAAACUGCUAAUAAUUAUUAUUAUAAUAAUUAUUAUUAUUAAUUUAGGGAACAAAGGCUCUCUAUUAUUAUUAUUAUUACUAUUAUUAUUAUAACUAUUAUUAUUAUUAUUAUUAUUAAUUUAGGGAACUGGAGCACAAUUCCAAUUCCAAAUGUUGUACUGUGGUAAAAUACAAAUGUGUGUUUGUUUACAUCCUCCUCGUCUCUGUCCUCUCUCAUUUACUCAUUCUCUCGUUUAUUCGUUUUAUCUCGUUUAUUCACCUCUCACCUUACAUUAAGACUAGAAAUAUUUUAAAGUAAGUAAUGAGUGAACUGUAUAUGCAUUUUAUCGCUUUGGGACACUUUAAAUGUUAAGUGGAUGGGCUGGGUUGGCCUGGCUGGCUACCAUACCUAUGACACCUGAAUUCUUAUUAUAAACACUACUCAUCUCACCCUUCAUUAAGAUUACAAAUAUUUUAAGGUAAGUAAUGAGUGUACUAUAUGUGUACAAUGCCUAGUUCUAUUUGGCAUUGCACAUAUGUGCAACACUUGAGUAUAUUUAAUGAGGAAACGAAGCCACUGUGUGGCGAAAUAUUUCCUCAUUAAAGAUACCCAAGUGUCUAAUUUAUCAACUUGUCAGUUCUCUGAACCAUUUAUCUACAUUCCUGCCAUACAUAGCAACAUCUUGGAAUCUUAAUACAGAGAAUUCUUCUCUUGCCUAACCUUUAGGCAUGACCUACUUCCACAUUUGGAUUUGUCAAAUGUGAUACCUCCUACAACUGCUGCACCUCACCUACCUACAGUAUAUAAGCUACUUCUUCUUACAUGUGCUGUAUUCUUUUCAAGAUUGAUGGACCGAUUUCAUCGACUCAAGGCUGAGGGACUGAUUACCUCAAACUCCUCCUCCUCCUCUUCACGAUUCUCCUUUGUAUAGACUGAUGAAGCUAUUUAUACCAUUUUUACAGUAAUGCAGUAGUCUGCAUAACAGUAAAUUUUGUAUUUUUUUGUAUGAAUAAAAAAUCAAAAUAGAAAGCAAUAAUAAUAUAAGAGGGGCUUAGAGAUGUGACUAAUGAACAGAGCAUAUGUUAUUUUAGUACCACGAAUGUCUACCUUGUUUAUUCUGGACCCUAUUUUGAAAUUGGCAUCUUUUUUAGUUUGUGUGAAAUUGGCCAAAUUGCCAAUUUCUCGCCACCAUAUUGGGUAGUCCAAAUUAGUAAAUGGGAGGUUUCUUGUACUCAGCUGAUAGAUAAAAUGGAGUUCUAAAGAAAUAUCUAUGAGUUUGGUCAACUGGAACAAUGGAAUUGGCUGAAAAUAGGGCUCAAAGUCGGCGAAAUCGCCGAUACGCAUAUGUCGCCGAGACCGCUAACUUCGCGGGAGCAUAAUUCCAUGAGUUUUCGACCAAAUUUCGAACUUUUGGUGUCAUUACCAUCAGGAAAAGAUUCUCUAUCAUUUCAUAAGAAAAAAUAAUAUUUUUUUUUUUUUUUUUUUUUCAAAAAUUGAGCGACAUAGAAUGACAGUUUCAGAGAGGGGCCUGAAACAGUCAAAGGGUUAAAGGAGGGAUUUGGGAUAUUGGUAGUUUGGAGGGAUAUGUUGUGUACCUUUAUAUGCAUAUGCUUCUAAGCUGUUGUAUUCUGAGCACCUCUGCAAAAACAGUGAUUAUGUGUGAGUGAGGUGAAAAUGUUAAUGAUGAUGAAAGUAUUUUCUUUUUGGGGAUUUUCUUUCUUUUUGGGUCAUCCUGCCUCGGUGGGAGACAGCCGACUUGUUAAAAAAAAAAUAGAGUACACUACUAAAAAACAUUUAAAAGUAUACCAGAAAUGUUAUAAAUGGUGCGAAGGUGGCAUUAAACGAUAUCAAUGAUGGUUGACAACACAUCAGUCGUUUCCCACCAAGGCAGAGGUGUCCCAAAAAAAAGAAAAAAAUUUCAUCAUCAUUCAACACUUUUACCAUCACUCAUACAUAAUCAUUGUCUUUGCAGAGGCGCUCAGAUACGACAAUUUACAUGCCCCUCCAAACAACCAAUAUCCCAAGCAACCCCUCCUUUAAAAUGCAGGCACUGUACUUCCCAUUUCCAGGACUCGAGUCUGGCUACUUGGUUUCCCUGAAUCCCUUCAUAAAAUAUUACCCUGCUCACACUCCAAUAGCUCGUCAGGUCCUGAAAACCAUUUGUCUCCACUCCUAUCAAACGUGCUCAUGCACGCUUGCUGGAAGUCCAAGCCCCUUGCCCACAAAACCUCUUUACCCCCUCCAGCCUUUUCAAGGGCGACCCCUACCCCGCCUUCCUUCCCUCACAGAUUUAUACACUUUCCAAGCCAUUCUGCUUUGUUCCACUCUCUCUAAAUGACCGAGCCACCUCAACAACCCCUCUUCAGCCCUCUAACUAAUGCUUUUAGUAACUCCACACCUAAUUUCCACUACGAAUUCUCUGUAUAAUAUUUACGCCACACACUGCCCUUAGACACGACAUCUCCACUGCCUCCAACCGCCUCCUCACUGCAGCAUUUACAGUCCAUACCUCACACCCAUAUGAGUGUUGGUACCACUAAGCUUUCAUACAUUCCCUUCCUUGCCUCCAUGGACAAUGUUUCUUGUGUCCACAGAUACCUCAACGCACCACUCACAUUUUUUCCUUCAUCGAUUCUAUGGUUAACAUCCUUCACAGACCCAUCUGCUGACAAGUCAACUCCUAAAUAUGUAUCUGAAAACAUUCACUUCUUCCAUGCUUCCUCCCUCCAAUUUUUCUUAAUACCCUCAUCACCUUACUCUUAUCUAUGUUCACUUUCAGCUUUCUAGCUUUACUCACCCUCCCAAACUCAUCCACUAACCUUUGUAACUUUUCUUUAGAAUCUCCCAAAUCACAGUAUCAUCAGCAAAAAGUAACUGUGUCAACUCCCAUUUUUUAUUUGAUUCCUCAUAAUUUAAUCCCACCCCUCUCCCGAACACCCUAGCAUUUACUUCUUUUACAACCCCAUCUGUAAAUAUGUUAAACAGCCAUGGUGACAUUACACAUCCCUAUCUAAGACCUACUUUUUACUUUAUUCAGGGUUUUUCUCUGCUACCUUUACUUCCUAAUUCCUGCAAGCUCAGUUACCAUUCUCACAUUUUUUCUGCACAAACACCUCUUAUACAUUCACCUUCAUACGUAUUUAAUAAUACAAUUCAGUUAUCACCAUUAGACAAAGCUGAUUAAUUUCUUCUAGUAAACUAAUUCUUUUGAGAUAGUACUUCAAUUACCGACUUUGUUAUUACUGUAAUUGCUAAAGCAUUUUAAUCUUUUUUAACUUUGCUUUAUUUUCAGAAUUUAUUAUUUACAAUUACUUAUGCUCAAGUUGGGUCAUCCUGUAUUGUACUUACUUGGUAGACUCUGUAUGCUGGCUGUGAGGAGACAACAAGCAACACAUAGAGGUUAUAUGCAAUGAGAGGUUUGUAUCUUUCAUUGUAUAUACACUAAAAGUUUGCUCUAAUUCCUAAUUUCUGAAUUAAAGCAUCUUUGACUGUGGUGUACAAGUGAUAUACAGCCUUAAUAGUUCUCAUGUAACUGACAGACUUUGAACCAAACCUAUACAUGUAUUAUUAUUAACUGAAUCCUGUAUGUCAAGGUGAUAACUUGUGAGGUUAUGAAAUACAAGUACUGUUAAUAAGCAGUACCUUAACACUUGAGAGUUAUGCUGAAAAUUUACUACUAGGGUGUUUUUAGUGUUUGAAAUAUCAUCACAGUAAGAAUGAUAUGUAACAUUAUUGUGGCUGGAACAAUUCACAAAUAUCUUGCACUCAGGAGAGUAAACAUAUGACCAGUGACAAAUCACCAAGUUGUUACUUGACAGUGGUCCAAGAUGGACCAGGAUGUCAUCAUGAGUUUCCUCUCCUAAAUGUGAUUUUCUGUGGCUUAGCACAUAAGUCAGACUUAUAUGAACUGUAGUAAUUUGUGGAAGUCAUUUGUCAACACUCCUGUGCCAUGUAGCAUUGUACGACCCAGGUGGGUUUAGGACCUUUUAUUUUAAAUAUGGAAUCCACAAAUGAUGUGAUUCUAAUUUGAUGAAGCUCACACUUAGCAAAAUGUUUAAAAAAUAAAAGACUUGUUCAGUGCAUAUUUGAUUUAUUAAUAAGGAAGCCAUAGUGCUGUUUACUUAUUGCAAUUGUGUGUUAUGUACAGUGCUUUGAUUAAUGCAGUGUAUCUAUUUUUUUUAAUUUUCACUGCUAUUGUAGGUGCCAUAUUAUUUGUCUUUUUGACUGAUAAUUAAUACAGCAGGUAAUAAUGUUAACUGAUAUUGUAAUUUGUGUAAUUUUACAUUAAUUAUAUAUUAAUCGAGAUGGUGAAAGUGAUUCUUUUUUGGGUCAUUCUGCCUCAGUGGGAGAUGGCCGACGUGUUAAAAAAAUGCAUAUUAAUUUGCCAUGUGUAAUUAUAUUUGUGUGCAACUGUGUGCAUUAUACUAAUGAUAAGUAACUACCAGUACAGGGGAACCUUGGUACUUGAACAAUUUGGCACUCGAAUGCUUUGUUCUGUAAAAAAUUGCUCGGUAGUAGACCGUUUGCUCGGAACUUGACCAAACAAGCACGGCCUGCCAGAACAUGUGUGUUAGUCUCCCCGCAGCUGUCACUCAUUCCAAAACUCUGCUGUAAACCAUUUCAUGUUUUUUUUGCAAUUUUGGGUGUCUUUUUUUAUAUUUGUAAAGUCACGCUGGGACCUAAGAAGAUUAGUGAUAAUAAUCAUCCAAAAAGAAAACUGGUUAGUGUGUUUGCCCUGAUGUAAACACUUCCUCUGUGUCCAUAUAAUAUGCCUUUUAUUAAUUUUGGCAUCUUGUGCUUCUAGAUUAUCUAUUGAGAUUCUGAUAUCAAGUUGGAAUAAAUGUGAUAGGUAAAUAACCUUUAUUAGUAAUAUUAGCGUAAUUACACAACAUUGUAUUUGCACCACCGCUAGUAUCCGGCUAUCAAGACGACUCAUCAGAUACUGAAUGCUCCUUCUGCUGGCCCCACCCUCUCUCUCCUAUAGCUCCUCCCACUUCGGGCCUCUUAUAUUCCACUUGCUUUGCAUUUUGAAUUUUUAUUCACAAAAAAAAAUAGAAGAUUUACUGUUAUGCAGACUACUGCAUUAUUGAAAAAAUGGUAUAAAUAAUAUCAGCGCAUUUGUGAAAGCAUAUUAGACCCACCAGUUGACGUGUAUUGGAUGCGUGAUAUGAUUUGUUUAUUCUUGAACACUAGUAAAAAUCGAACAUUUCUGCUAUAUUGAGCUCAAUUUCAAGGUACUUUUAGUCUGUAAACCAUUCAAAAUCAUCUCUGUUUCUGUAAUAUAUCUUUCUUUCUAUCAAAUGAGACCAAGAAAACGAGACUACAAUCAUAAAUACUAUACAUACGAAAAUACACUGUAAAGUCGCUGAAAGUGUAUUUUUGGGGGUCUGAAAUGGAUUAAUCAAAUUUACAUUAUUCCUUAUGGGAAAAAUUCGUUUGGUAUUUGAACAGAUCAGCACUCGAACAGCCUUCUGGAACGAAUUAAAUUCAAGUACCGAGGUUCCAAUGUACUUGUAAUAGCACAAUAAUGAGCCAAAAAAGAUAUUGGUAAUAGUUGUAAUAUUUAUUAUCCUACAAAAAUUAUUGAAAGCAGUGAGGAAUGAAUAUAGUAUACUGUACUGUAUUAUAAUUUAUUGCCCAGUAGCGAUGAAAAUAUUGCACAGUAUACUGUUUCAGUCAAUAAAUGUUUAAACUUUA